AUUUCAUAAUUCAUUCAUUCCAAUUUUCCAAACGACUGGUGCAUACUUACAUGAGGAUACAGAAGAUAUCAUCAUAACAGUGAGAAGCUAUUCUAGAUUGACUGGAAGAUUGAACAAUAAGUCGGAGACGCAGAGAGAGAGAGAGAGUGAGUGUUUUUCUGUUCUAGCUAGCUAUGGAACCUGAGAAGUCGUCAAGUGGAAGCAGAGGGAAGCCUAUUCGAUGCAGAGCUGCGGUGAGUCGCAAACCAGGUGAGCCUCUAGUGAUGGAAGAAAUCAUUGUGGCACCCCCAAUGCCUCAUGAAGUCCGCAUUCGAAUUAUCUGUACCUCUCUGUGUCACAGCGAUAUCAUUUUCUGGAAAAUGAAGGACUUUCCUGGAAUCUUCCCAAGAAUUCUCGGUCACGAAGCUAUCGGGAUUGUGGAGAGUGUUGGGGAGGAUGUCAAUGAAGUAACUGAAGGAGAUACUGUCAUCCCAACAUUCAUGUCGCAAUGUGGAGAAUGUGCAGAUUGCAGAUCGACAAAGAGUAACCUAUGUACAAAACUCCCCUUCAAGGUCUCUCCUUUUAUGCCAAGAUACGAGACAAGCAGAUUCACUGACCUCAAUGGGGAGGUUCUAUACCAUUUCUUGUUCGUGUCUAGUUUUACUGAGUAUACAGUGGUAGACAUAGCCCAUGUCACAAAGAUUGACCCUGCAGUAACUCCAAGCAGGGCCUGUCUUCUCGGCUGUGGAAUAUCAACCGGAGUUGGUGCUGCUUGGAGAACAGCAAAUGUGGAGGAGGGAUCUACUGUUGCUAUAUUUGGGCUGGGUUCAAUUGGUUUAGCUGUUGCGGAGGGAGCAAGACUGUGUGGAGCUACUAGAAUCAUUGGUGUAGAUGUGAACCAACAGAAAUUUGAAAUUGGAAAAAAGUUUGGGCUCACUGACUUUGUCGACCCUGCAAAUUGUGAGAAUAAAUCUGUUAGCCAGGUGAUCAUUGAGAUGACUGGUGGGGGUGCAGACUAUUGCUUUGAAUGCGUUGGAUUGGCAUCAUUGGUGCAAGAAGCUUACGCUUGCUGCCGAAAGGGUUGGGGAAAAACAGUUGUGUUAGGUGUGGACAAGCCAGCAUCACUGGUGAGCCUCCCCUCUCAAGAGAUCCUUCAUGGUGGAAAAAACCUAAUGGGAUCCUUAUUCGGAGGACUCAAACCUAAAUCUGAUAUCCCUCUUCUCCUCAAUCGUUACAUGGACAAGGAACUACAACUUGAUGAGUUUGUGACACAUGAGGUGAGGUUUGAAGACAUCAACAAAGCGUUUGAUUUACUCAUUGAAGGGCAAUGUCUUCGAUGUGUAAUCUCUAUGUGCAAUGAGUAAUUUGUUAGUAACAGCCUUUACUUUAAUAUGCACUCUCUGCUAACAAUAAGCAUGGACCUCCUUUAUCCAUUACUGCAACCACUUAAAAUAAAUUUUCCUACAUUACUAUUACUA